UUGGUGAUUGCAGAGGCACUUCGGGAGAGCAAGAGAGAAAUGGCACAAGCUACGAGAGGGAUUGAAAGGGAAAUCGGGGGCCUGCAACUGGAGGAAAAAAAGCUCGUGGCCGAGAUAAAGAGAACAGCUAAAACGGGGAACGAGGGAGCGACUAAGAUCCUGGCCCGGCAAUUAAUCAGGCUAAGGCAGCAAAUAGCCAACUUACAAGGCAGUCGAGCUCAAAUGCGGGGUGUGGCUACUCAUACACAGGCUAUGCAUGCGCAUACCUCAGUUGCCGCCGGUAUGAAAGGUGCCACGAAGGCAAUGGCAGCGAUGAAUAAGAAAAUGGAACCAGCGAAGCAAGCUAAGGUUAUAAGGGAAUUUCAGAAACAGUCGGCUCAGAUGGAUAUGACUACCGAAAUGAUGUCAGAUGCCAUAGACGAUGCUUUGGACAACGAUGAAGCCGAAGACGAGACUGAAGAGUUGACAAACCAGGUGCUCGAUGAAAUUGGCGUCGAUGUUGCCUCGCAGCUAUCAUCCGCUCCAAAAGGUAAAAUCGCCGGGAAGAAAGCAGAGGAGGAUGUUGGCAGUUCUGGCAUUGAUGAGCUGGAGAAGAGAUUGGCAGCCCUUAGAAAUGCAUGAGCUGAAGAACAUUAUUCAAGAUGGGUCUUCUGCAGUUUGAUUUUUUUUUAAGGCGUUCCUGUAUGUAGUAAUGGUUUCUUGCACACUUUUUUCUGCAACUUUCAAUUGCUCUGUUUCAUUGUGAGCCAAGAAACUUGGCUGUCAAAAGUAAAUAAAUAAAAUUGAAUGCAACAUUUUUAUUA